AAAAAAAAGGCCAGGCCUUUAGGAAGAAGAGAACGGAUCAUCGCCCUCCCUAAAAUUCCUAACCCUACUCCCUGAAUUCCGCCGCCGGCUGACGCUCCUUCGGCCCCCAGAUGAGUAUCCCAAAUCCAAUUGAAGCUCCAGUCUUGUCCGAUUUGGUCGUGGAUUGACCAAUCGGAAUCCAUGGCGGCAGCUGCCGUCCUUGCGAGCCGCGAGGGCAAGGGCCGCCACUAUAUCCCAAGCUCCGUCAUACUCGACCUCUUUGGCCAAAUCGGCCCCAGCCGCAACGCCACCACCGCCACGUCCAAGACGAGUACCGGCCUGCCCAUCGCGGUGACUUUCUGCGCCGCCCGCCCGCCAGUCCUCUCGCACUUCUCCUUCAGCAGCGCGGCAUGCCCGGAACCCGAGGGUUUGUCCCUGGCGCCCAAGGUCAUCAGCGCGGAUGCUGACCUCGUUCUCCUCCGCGUCCCCGUCCAACCCUUUGGCGAGUCUAAUCCGAUGUUUAGCGACUACUUCGUCUACAGGGCGCACUCCCAAAUCCCAAAGCUGGACCUGCUCCCCAAGUCUGCUCCAUAUUACUUCGGAGAUAAGGAGAUCGCCAUACUGAGCUGCGGCGACGGCAAGUACGCUGUGGCCUCCCUUCAAACCUUGGGUAUGUGUACCUUUAAGCUUCACGUGUACCGGUCUAGACCUGUUGGCAAGCCAGGGAGUUGGACCUCCAAGCUGCUGGAUAUAGAGCUGAAUGUGAAGGAGCUGCCGAGGGACAACUCGUCCUCGAUCUCUCUCGCAUCGCAGAUGCUUUCGUAUCAUCAGACAACAAAGGUGAUCACGCUUGGUGGUGCUAAAGGUACCGUUGGCUGGGUCGAUCUCUGGCGAGGCAUCCUUCUCUGCGACGUGCUGGAAAUUAGCCCCACGCUCCGUGACGUGCCUCUGCCUUCUGUCUCUAAGAGUGAUUGGAGGUUAUUCCUUGACUGCUGCCCCUACUAUUUCCGUGACAUCAUUGUCGACCAGAGCAAAAGCACUAUCAAGUAUGUCAAGAUGAACUUGCACGGUGGUGCCUGGAGGGCCACCACAUGGAGCAUGCCUAUCCCGGUCACUUCAGUGAAUGGCUGGCAAUUUCGAUGCUCCGCCCUGUCGACUGAGAUUGAUAUUCCUGCUGAUGUCAAAAGGCAUUAUAAGCUGUUGCAUAAGCUCAUGAGCGGAAGCGCCAACAAGGAGGGGAAUGCUGCAGAGGAAGUCUUGUCCCUGGAAUCUCUACGCAUGGCUUACCCUACCUUGAGCAUCACGGAUGGUGAUGAUAUUGUUUACUUGUUGGCCAAGGGCACCGGCAUGAGGGCUAUGCCGACAGUAUUCUCUGUUGAUCUCAGUAUGCCGACUCUGCGAGGAGUGGCGAAGCUACCCAAGAGGCACCUUGGUUUUAUGCGCUACUUCCUUGCCAGUGGAAUCUCCAAACAUAUCACGACUCCAGGUAGAAGUGAUUCCCUUGGGCAAACUGAGGUGCAAGAUACGAAUACUUGAGGUCAAGAAAGCAAAAGUGACUCCGUUGAGCAAACUGAGGUGCAAGAUGCGAAUACUUGUGAUCGAGAAAGUGGGUUUGCUUGAUUGAAGGUGUUAUGGAGUUAGAUUGCUGUGCCUUGAAACCUGGGGGCAAGCUUUGCUGGAGAGAGUUAUUCAUAUAGAUACACUGUAAAGAUAUUUAUGUUCUGCAAAUGUACCAUGUGCCGUUGCUCAGGUUAUGUCAUCGUAUUUUAGCUUGGCUUUGUUUACAGUACCUUAGCGGCUGUUGUUGCGAGUAAAUAUACCAGCGGGCAACUAAACCUGCUUGGGUGUCAUUUAGAUCCUACAUUUUUUAUUUUGUGAGUUGUAUGUCCGUGAACAUGCAAAGUGGCAUACCAGUGGCAACUCUUAUAAAGCUGCUGAUGUGUGGAUGCUAACACCGCAUAUUUGCCAUUUU